CAAAAAAACACCGUUCUUACGUCAGCUGAAUAGGUUUAUUGAAUGCUAAGAAGCCGACGCGAGCCGCAUGACGUUUUUAGCUACAAAUCUGUCGGUAAUGAGUCGCUUGCAGUAACCAGACAGUUUAGCAACGAAGCGUAUACAAAGUAUUUCUGGCGAUCUGAAAAAAUAUCCAACAAUUUGCCGACAGUCUUUUUAUCAUUUCUACGUCUUUCUCGGGAGAUGCAUGAGUGAAGCGUGAGCUAAUGGAGCAAAGCGACGCAAACGCUGACCAGUCAUCGACUUCCGUCCGGAAUGGAUUAGAAGCGAAUUCCUUUAGUCUGAUCGUCUGGGCGGGCAUCACCGUAGCGCUUCAAAUUUUUCAUUACUUCUCGAGUUGGGCUGGGUUAACAUGGUAUUUGCCAGUCGACGUGGCUAACUCGGACUCCAGUGCACUGCAAUGGUCAACAUUACUGACGGCUGCGAAUCUCGUACCUAUAGCCUUUUAUCUACUUCUUUUACUUGGAAUUAAUCCGACAAGCUACUGGGAGCUGGAACGGCGGAUAGGUUACGGAGAUCCGAUGCGGUUCAGAAUAACUAUCACUGCCAUUGUAGUAAUGUUAUUAGCGAUUGUCUACGCCGGCAUAUUUUUGGCUAACUCACGCAUAUUACUGGAUAUUUUUAAGUCGCGCACGAGCGCUGGGGUUGCCGUUUUAACUACUAUUCUAUGCUAUCGUGGUGUGAUUAGCGGUUAUCUAGCGUUGUUGGUUGCUUGUAUUACCGCGUCCCCAAAUAUCGGUGUGAUGGUCGCAAUAUUUUUCAUGACCAACUACGCGGUACAAUCGGGUCUGUCCUGCAGAAGCAUUCUGCGAGAAGACGCCUGAUCCAUUUUACUUGUUUACUAAACAGGAUUCGGUAAUCCUUAUUUAUCAAAACGUAGUCGUAUAAUAACGACUACCCGCGCUGACCGGUGCCGUGAUUACUGGAAAAUGGAAAUUA